AUGGACGUGGACGUGGACGAGGACGUGGACGUGGACGUGGACGUGGACGAGGACGUGGACGUGGACGUGGACGUGGACAUGGACGUGGACGUGGACGUGGACGUGGACGUGGACGUGGACGUGGACAUGGACGUGGACAUGGACGUGGACAUGGACGUGGACGUGGACGUGGACGUGGACGUGGACGUGGACGUGGACGUGGACAUGGACGUGGACGUGGACGUGGACGUGGACGUGGACGUGGACGUGGACGUGGACGUGGACGUUGACGUAGACAUGGACGUGGAUGUGGACGUGGACGUGGACGUGGACGUGGACGUGGACGUGGACAUGGACGUGGACGUGGACGUGGACGUGGACGUGGACAUGGACGUGGACAUGGACGUAGACGUGGACGUGGACGUGGACGUGGACAUGGACGUGGACAUGGACGUGGACGUGGACGUCGACAUGGACGUGGACGUAGAAAUGGACGUGGACGUAGACGUGGACAUGGACGUGGACAUGGACGUGGACGUGGACGUGGACGUGGACGUGGAGGUGGACGUAGACAUGGACGUGGACAUGGACGUGGACUUGGACGUGGACGUGGACAUGGACGUGGACGUGGACAUGGACGUGGACGUGGACGUGGACGUGGACGUGGACGUGGACAUAGACGUGGAUGUGGACGUGGACGUGGACGUGGACGUGGACAUGGACGUGGACGUGGACGUGGACGUAGACGUAGACGUGGACGUGGACGUAGACAUGGACGUGGAUGUGGACGUGGACGUGGACGUAGAAAUGGACGUGGACGUGGACGUGGACGUGGACGUGGACGUGGACAUGGACGUGGACGUGGACAUGGACGUGGACGUGGACAUGGACGUGGACGUGGACGUAGACGUGGACGUGGACGUAGACGUGGACGUGGACAUGGACGUGGACGUAGACGUGGACGUGGACCUGGACGUGGACGUAGACAUGGACGUGAACAUGGACGUGGACUUGGACGUGGAAGUGGACGUGGACGUGGACGUGGACAUGGACGUGGAUGUGGACGUGGACGUGGACGUAGAAAUGGACGUGGACGUGGACGUGGACGUGGACAUGGACGUGGACGUGGACGUGGACGUGGACGUGGACAUGGACGUGGACAUGGACGUAGACGUGGACGUGGACGUGGACGUGGACAUGGACGUGGACAUGGACGUGGACGUGGACGUCGACAUGGACGUGGACGUAGAAAUGGACGUGGACGUAGACGUGGACAUGGACGUGGACAUGGACGUGGACGUGGACGUGGACGUGGACGUGGACGUGGAGGUGGACGUAGACAUGGACGUGGACAUGGACGUGGACUUGGACGUGGACGUGGACAUGGACGUGGACGUGGACAUGGACGUGGACGUGGACGUGGACGUGGACGUGGACGUGGACGUGGACGUGGACAUGGACGUGGAUGUGGACGUGGACGUGGACGUGGACGUGGACAUGGACGUGGACGUGGACGUGGACGUAGACGUAGACGUGGACGUGGACGUAGACAUGGACGUGGAUGUGGACGUGGACGUGGACGUAGAAAUGGACGUGGACGUGGACGUGGACGUGGACGUGGACGUGGACGUGGACAUGGACGUGGACGUGGACAUGGACGUGGACGUGGACGUAGACGUGGACGUGGACGUAGACGUGGACGUGGACAUGGACGUGGACGUAGACGUGGACGUGGACCUGGACGUGGACGUAGACAUGGACGUGAACAUGGACGUGGACUUGGACGUGGAAGUGGACGUGGACGUGGACGUGGACAUGGACGUGGAUGUGGACGUGGACGUGGACGUAGAAAUGGACGUGGACGUGGACGUGGACGUGGACGUGGACAUGGACGUGGACGUGGACGAGGACGUGGACGUGGACGUGGACGUGGACGUGGACGUGGACAUGGACGUGGACGUGGACGUGGACAUGGACGUGGACGUGGACACGGACGUGGACAUGGACGUGGACGUGGACAUGGUCGUGGACGUGGACGUGGACAUGGACGUGGACGAGGACGUGGACACGGAUGUGGACGUGGACGUGGACGUAGAAAUGGACGUGGACGUGGACGUGGACGUGGACGUGGACGUGGACAUGGACAUGGACGUGGACGUGGACGAGGACGUGGACGUGGACGUGGACGUGGACGUGGACGUGGACGUGGACAUGGACGUGGACGUGGACGUGGACAUGGACGUGGACGUGGACACGGACGUGGACAUGGACGUGGACGUGGACAUGGUCGUGGACGUGGACGUGGACAUGGACGUGGACGAGGACGUGGACACGGACGUGGACACGGACGUGGACAUGGACGUGGACGUGGACGUGGACGUGGACAUGGACGUGGACGUGGACGUGGACGUGGACGUGGACGUGGACAUGGACGUCGUGGACGUGGACGUGGACGUGGACGUGGACAUGGACGUGGACAUGGACGUGGACGUGGACGUGGACGUGGACAUGGACGUGGACGUGGACAUGGACGUAGACAUGGACGUGGACGUGGACGUGGACGUGGACGUGGAAGUGGACGUAGACAUGGACGUGGACAUGGACGUGGACUUGGACGUGGACGUGGACAUGGACGUGGACGUGGACAUGGACGUGGACGUGGACGUGGACGUGGACGUGGACGUGGACGUGGACAUGGACGUGGAUGUGGACGUGGACGUGGACGUGGACGUGGACAUGGACGUGGACGUGGACGUGGACGUAGACGUAGAUGUGGACGUGGACGUAGACAUGGACGUGGAUGUGGACGUGGACGUGGACGUAGAAAUGGACGUGGACGUGGACGUGGACGUGGACGUGGACAUGGACGAGGACGUGGACAUGGACGUGGACGUGGACGUAGACGUGGACGUGGACGUAGACGUGGACGUGGACAUGGACGUGGACGUAGACAUGGACGUGGACAUGGACGUGGACAUGGACAUGGACGUGGACGUGGACGUGGACGUGGACGUGGACAUGGACGUGGACGUGGACGUGGACGUGGACGUGGACGUGGACGUGGACGUGGACAUGGACGUGGACAUGGACGUAGACGUGGACGUGGACGUGGACGUGGACAUGGACGUGGACAUGGACGUGGACGUGGACGUGGACGUGGACAUGGACGUGGACGUAGAAAUGGACGUGGACGUAGACGUGGACAUGGACGUGGACGUGGACGUGGAAGUGGACGUGGACAUGGACGUGGACAUGGACAUGGACGUGGACGUGGACGUGGACGUGGACGUGGACGUGGACGUGGACGUGGACGUGGACUUGGACGUGGACCUGGACGUGGACUUGGACGUGGACGUGGACAUGGACGUGGACUUGGACGUGGACGUGGACGUGGACAUGGACGUGGACGUGGACGUGGACGUGGACGUGGACGUAGAAAUGGACGUGGACGUGGACGUGGAUAUGGACGUGGACGUGGACGUGGACGUGGACCUGGACAUGGACGUGGACGUGGACGAGGACGUGGACGUGGACGUGGACGUGGACAUGGACAUGGACGUGGACGUGGACGUGGACGUGGACGUGGACAUGGACGUGGAAGUGGACGUGGACAUGGACGUGGACAUGGACGUGGACGUGGACAAAUGGACGUGGACGUAG